CGCCAGCAGUGGAACUGCGCAUGCGCAGCAGCGAUGCUCAGCUGCUUGAGCGCGAGCCGGGUGAAAAUGGCAAAAAACAAUUUUAUGUUCACGCAGUGCGUCUUGUACUUUUUGGCUUUCGUCUUCGGCUUUAUUGCAGUUGUGCCUCUUUCGGAGAAUGCCGAGGACUUCGGCGGGAAAUGCUUGCUGUUCACGCGGGGUAUGUGGCAGAACGAGAACAUCACUGUGUCCAAACAGCGUUUCAUCGUGGAGGAAUGGGGACCGCAGUCCUCCUGCAGCUUCAUCACCUUUGCCGGCGUGGCCUCCCUGGUUCUGGCCGCUGUUCAGGCCUGGAGACUGCUCUUCCUCAUUUGCAAAGGCCAUGAAGACUCCAUAUUUAAUGCCUUCUUGAACCUGCUGAUCAGCUUAUUCGUGGUGUGUGCUGUGUUCCUGUCCAGCACCAUCGUGACUGUGGGCUUUAACCUGUGGUGUGAUGCUAUUACUGAAGAGGGCGGUAUGCCCAGCAGCUGUGAGGAUUUACAGGAUACUGAUUUGGAGCUGGGGUUAGACAACUCUGCGUUUUAUGACCAGUUUGCAAUUGCACAAUUUGGACUAUGGGCUGCUUGGUUGACCUGGUUGGGUAUCACAUUCAUGGCUUUUUUGAAGGUCUACCAUAACUACCGUCAGGAAGACCUGCUGGACAGCCUGAUUCAUGAGAAGGAGUUUCUGCUGGGCCGUUCCUCACGCCGCUGCUCUGACCUACUAGACAAGAAAAGUCCCAUGAUCUGAUUCUCUCUUUAAGCACAACACAUUUACCAAUUGUCUGAAGGUGAUGAUUUGAGAUGAGACAUAAAACUGACAUGCACUGAAAUGAAUUGUGUUUCAAGUUUCUUUUUUUGCUACAGACGUGUUGGACUCCCACUGUUAAUAUUCCUAACACAGCUUCUUGACAGCCUGGCUAUUAUCUGUGGGAGGCUGGUGAACUGAAUGAAACGUUGACAUGUACAGUAUGAGUAAAAGGCUGUCUGUGAGCUUUCCCCAAAGAGUUCAUUUUUAAAACAUCUUUAUUCUUUCUUUUAUUAAUUUUUUUUUAUCUUUAAACAGAAUUUAAAAACAUUUAUUAAUUUAUUUGAUUAAUUAUUUAUUUAUAAUGUAUUAUUUUUUUUAAUCCUUGAAGUAGUUAAAGAUCAAACGGUGUACAACAGUUUUGUGGCAAAGAGAACCGUGGCUCAUUUUUAGUCUCAGAAUAUAGAGAUUAUCAAGGCUUUUACAGUUAUACAGGGGCAAAACUUGUAAGCUUUCUGUAAUAACUCUAUAGUGCUAUUAAAUUAUUGUAAACCCUGUUUACAUUACAAUUAGUAUCAAUAUUGCACCUUUCCAACAACUCUUACUAUUAACAUUAUAUUUAUUAGUACUUAUACUACACUAAAGGCAACUUACAUUUCUUUUAAACUUCACUUUACAAAUGAUUAUACUGUGUCUAAUAUAAGGCUUGAAUUCUGUACUACAAGUCUCCUUAGAGUCCUUAUUUCUUAUAAAUUAAGAAAUGCUUUUUCAGUUAGCGUUUCCUAUAUACACUAUCUAUAUUGGUUUACAGUAGGUUUCUCUUACCAUGGUUUCUGUUCUUACCAUUUCACUAUUAUCUAUAUGUAAAUACAUAUAGAGUAAGUGUGAUAUAUGUGUGAAGACUUGUACAACCAUACAGGGAGUUCAAUAUAAAAACGUUGUGCAUUACCUUCUUGCAACUUCUAACGAAAGAUCAUGGUGAACUUCUUAAUCAUGAGACACUUUUCAAAUGAAAAACAAAAUGGGUAUUGAAGCAAAAAAUGGCAUAGUUGCACAGUGUGUUCAUUCAGUAUUACUUUUUUCAUGCAAUGUCUAAGUAUUUGCCACCUGAUAUCUUGCUUGCAUGCUUUAAUAAAACUGUGUGUGUGUGCAUUUUCAAUAGCCAAAUAAUUAUUUUGUAACCUCAAUAACAUUUAUAUUCUGUGAGUAUAUUGAUUUAAAAAUGCAUGACUAAUAUUUUGAGCAUAUCUUUGAAAUCUGUUAAACCUUUUACCAUGUCCCAUAUAAAACACAUUCCAUAUUUAA